CGUCCCUGACCGUUCCGAGUAUUCGGUUAAUUUGCUUUUUUUGGGUCGGUGGGUUUCGGCUUUUUCUGCCCUUAGUGGCUUUUCUUCCCCAGCCUCGCGUGGCCCCGCCCUUCCGGACUUUGCCCCAAGAAGAAGGUGGCUCCCACCCGGUGGCCUUCCCUUCUGGCGCGCUGCUUCGGACUACAGCGCCCAUCAUCCCUGGCCAGAGCCCCAUUGGGUGCUGCCCAAAGCCCCCGAGCGGACCCGGCUCCCUUCACCGCUCCGCACGCGUGGAAAGGCAGCCCGGCCCCAAGUCAGAGUGGGAGCCAAGCCCCUGGCGAGAAAGCCCCACCCGAGACGCCUGGGGAGAGGAGGGGGUUGGAGGCGAACGCAGGCAAAGCGCGGCUUCCCCGCUGGAGCUGCUUUCCAAAGGGGCCCCUUCUUGGGUGCCUGUGGAGCAGAGAGACCGGCCACUGGGGCGCCGAGCCUGCAAACUUAGCCAGGCAAGCCCACCCACCCACUUCUCUGCAAGCCACAGCAUGCGGAGGGCAGCCUGACUAGUUGCAGAAGAAGCCCCCGAGGAUCUGGGUUGCAAAUGACAGCUCCCUCCUCCCCCAUGAGUCUCAAAUGGGAUGUGGGGGAUGCUGAGGGUGGUGGGACCCCCUGCCUGCCAGGGGAAAGCCGCAGCUGGGCCCUGGGAGAGUCAGCAGCUGAGAGAAGGGGAGGAAGUUCCCAGCUGGGAAGAGAAGGUUGGUCACUGGAAGAGACCCAAGUUCUUCCCUCCUGCCAGCUUGGCAAGGAGAGGGCAGCCAACGGCCCUAAUCCGGAUCACAAAAGGAGGAAGGGUCCAGCUGCACAGGGACCCUUGGACCCCCCGCCAGGGAGGCCAGCAUCGGUAAAUCUGUUUGGCCUCUCAGAAGGGCCCAUGAGAGGCUGCAAAGCAAGCAUGCCAAAUUGGCAUGAGAUACCCCUUGGCACCUGGCAUAUCUCCCUGAGCCACCGAGGCUGCCUUGGAAGCUGGGCACCCAGCUGGCAUCUUCCCUGCUGCGACCUUGGAGCUGGGCCCAUGUUCCAUGGGCUGACCUUGCGCCCACAAUGCCCUGAGGGGUGCAGCUCUAUAAAGCCGCCCUCUGGCCCAAGGACUGGACACUCUGGCCAGGAUGAAGGCUUUGCUCAGCACCCUCCUUCUUCUCCCACUGCUCUUCACCACCGGCCAGGCCCAGUGCCCAGCCCCCACCGAGCUCAAGAACCCGCACCCCAAUGGCACCAAGGUCUGUUCCCAGAUGUACACGGAUGACAGUCCAUACUACGACCUCUGCUGCGGUGGGAGCCUCCUGAUGGUCUUGGCGGGUGAAGACCAACCGUACAUGCCCACGGCUUUCAACAACAAGGUCUCCUCGCUGGUGGUGGGCCAACGGUGCGAGCUGACCGUCUGGUACAAGAAGGGCAAGGGUGGCAACACGCGGAAAUUCAAAGCCGGAGCCUACCCACGCCUGCAGGAGUUCAAGAGAGGCCUCUUUGGCGACUGGGACAACUCAAUCUCCGCUUACUACUGCAAGUGCAACUGAGUCGGCCUGGCGUGAGCCAAGAAGGGAGCUGCCACCAUCCUGCCCAUCCUCUCUCAAGUGACCCCCAGAGCCCCCGCAGCUGAAGGUCCAAAAUGUGCGGACGCCAUCUCCCCAAAUCUUCUCUUCUGCCCGCCUCUCAUAGCAACAGCAGCAGCAGCAGCUCAGCUGAAGAUCUUGGCAACCCACCGAGAGGCAGAAGAACGGGCAGCCCUGAACCAGCCCGGCCCUCCUGUGAACUGAGCAUCCAAAUAAGCAGAAAAACGGAACCAAAAAGCAAACUUUUUCUCCCACGGCCCCCGAAACAGCACACUGAGGAGGGCCUUUGAUUGGCCCAGGAGCUUCUCCUUCCUCCCCUUUGAGCGAGGCAGGCUUGUCACCUUGCGGGAAAGAUUUGUUCCAGCGGCCGCCUUAAGAUCUUCCACGCAGCCCUUUGUUCUCCUCCCUCCCGGCUCCAAAGGCCGCGCUCUUCCCCAGACCCUCUUGGAGCAGACGGCCCUUCCGUCCCGGCUCAGCCUUUAUGGUGGCGCCUCUGAAACCUCAUUAAAAGCAAAGCAACGUGA